UAGAUGUGUGUGCGCAUGUUAUUUCGUUCUCAUCACUCUGUCAUUACUCCGAAAACCGAAGAAGGGAUUGGGACCCGCCAUCUUAAGGAGUCGUCCUCGGGAAUAAAUAGUGUAUUGAUAAUACCAGUUAAAAAACAGGGUGUAGUACCGGUGAAAAGUCACUUGACUUAAUUGUCAAAGUAGCUGUCAUGUGUGGGUGUUGGUGAACGGUGCGGGGAUUUGAUAGGUCUGGUACGAGGCGCUGUGAGCGUUGGCGGUGGCCGUCAGUUGAUUGUGCACUAGUGUGCCGAUGUGCUCGGCAAGGAGCGGACUCCGAGGUAUCAAAUUAUUUAUAUAAAAAUCACCAUUUAAAAAAAUAAUACGCGAGUGUGUGUUGUUAAAUGACCGAGUAUUCAGGCAAUGGUAAACGGGUGGAUUUAAGACGGGUAAUUGUUGGGGAUAGAUGAGUGGUUAAUUCUAGUGAAUAGUUAUUGGUAAUCGAGUGAGUGACAGGAUAUACUGGAAUUGGUUGGCGUUGUCAAGCGCUAUAGGAACAUCGGUGGCCCCCAGAGCAGUUGUAAUUGACAGGAAAGAUGGCGCAAGUCGCCGACGAAGAGUGUUGACCUAUUUUGUUGGCCGCCCCCUUCUCCCCUCCUUCACCUAGUGCACAAGUUGGAAUUGGCAAUUGUCAGUGGAAUUGACGGGAGCCACUGUUGACAGCAUCACUGGUUUCAUUGUGAAGCACCUGUCGAAUCCGGUCGAUCUCUGUCUGUCAUUUACAUUGACGGAUUUUUUUGUCAACAUCUAGACACUCUCUGAGGGGGAGUGUAAUUUUCUCGUUUGCAAGGUUUAUAUAAAAGCCGCAGAAAUUCUGAAGAAAUUUGAUAUCCGUGGAGCCCUGGCAGGCUCGAGCACGGCUGGAAAAAUGGGCAACAAUGCUGCAACAGCUAAUAAAAAGGUUGACGCUGCUGAGAGUGUCAAGGAAUUUCUCGAUCAGGCUAAAGAGGAAUUCGAGGAGAAAUGGAAGAGAAAUCCCACGAAUACGGCGGGUUUAGAUGAUUUUGAAAGAAUCAAGACACUUGGGACUGGAUCAUUUGGUAGAGUUAUGAUUGUACAACACAAACCUGCUAAGGAGUAUUAUGCCAUGAAGAUACUUGAUAAACAGAAGGUGGUCAAGUUGAAACAGGUUGAGCACACGUUGAAUGAGAAGAGAAUACUGCAAGCUAUAAGUUUUCCAUUUCUCGUGUCACUGCGCUUUCAUUUUAAGGACAAUUCAAAUUUAUAUAUGGUGCUUGAGUAUGUACCUGGGGGAGAGAUGUUCAGUCAUUUGAGAAAAGUUGGACGUUUUUCUGAGCCACAUUCAAGAUUUUAUGCAGCUCAGAUUGUUCUUGCUUUUGAGUACCUGCAUUAUCUCGAUCUUAUUUACAGGGAUUUGAAACCCGAGAAUUUGUUGAUUGAUUCACAGGGAUAUCUCAAGGUCACUGAUUUUGGUUUUGCCAAGAGGGUCAAGGGUAGAACGUGGACCCUCUGUGGUACACCUGAGUAUUUAGCACCUGAAAUUAUUCUCAGCAAGGGAUAUAACAAGGCUGUUGACUGGUGGGCACUUGGAGUUUUAGUUUACGAAAUGGCUGCUGGCUAUCCACCCUUCUUCGCUGAUCAGCCCAUUCAGAUUUACGAGAAAAUAGUCAGUGGAAAAGUGCGUUUUCCCACUCACUUUGGCUCUGAUAUCAAGGAUUUACUUCGUAAUUUAUUGCAAGUCGAUCUUACCAAGAGGUACGGCAAUCUCAAGGCAGGUGUCAAUGAUAUAAAGGGACACAAAUGGUUUGCAAGUACCGAUUGGAUAGCGGUCUUCCAGAAGCGAAUUGAAGCCCCAUUUAUACCAAAGUGCAAAGGACCCGGGGAUACCAGUAAUUUCGAUGAUUACGAGGAGGAGCCACUUAGAAUCUCAGGUACAGAAAAAUGCGCCAAGGAGUUUGCCGAAUUUUGAAAUAGUUGAACACCAAAUAUUUAAAAAAAUAUUUAAGAAAUCGUAAAAAAAAAAUCUUUUAAAAAUGUAUGUAAGGAGUGGUACAUCGCACACGGCUCGAAACUCAAACUGAAACUCAAUCCGUUGACAAAACGACAGGAUUUCGCUCGAGUGACCGAUUCACGGGGUGAAAGAUGAAUAAAAAAAAAAUAUAAUAAACCCCAGGAUAUAAUCCCACAUAAUUGGUCGCUGCUGAUGAACGCCGUUUGUGUUUUGGCCAAUUUGAAAAUUCAAUAUUAAAUUAAUAAUGAAAAAUCCUUUACUCAAUCCAGUCGCAGUAACCGUAGUAAUGAGGACAAAUACAACCAACCCAAGUCUCCACCAUUCCAAGUGUAUCAGAAUGGAUCACCAGCAGGUGAAUUCUCCGAGCUCCAGCGUCCAAUAUUCUCAAGGAGAAAUGCUCGUUGAAUAAUCAAGCUGGGAUUUCAAAUGAUUUUUUCUCAAUGCAAUUGGCUCCAACGCGUAUCUUCUCACCACUGAACGUUGGCCACGUCAAGUAUCUAGUAAACUAGUCGUCAUCGUCCUCUCCAAGAGCAGAAGAGCUUUAACGAAGGUGUCCUCUUCAACGAGAGAACAAUAACAUUAAUACGAGGCACCUGAAUGAAUCUCAGACGUUUCGUACGCAAAUCGCUCCAGCAGGAGCAUUUUAUCUCACCUGCCGCCACGUGAUAUGCAUAACACGUGAAAAUCCCAGAUAUGGUACUGAAGAGAAAAGAAAACAAAUGUCCAUCGACAAUUCCAAAAAUAGCACUGGUCGUGGCGACAUCUCCACUUCAGUGACUCUUUAUCAUUCCCUCGAAAGAGGGAUGCCCUACAACUGACCAUUUCCACUCCAAACUGGAGUAGUUGCGACAUUUAUUCAUCCUAUUUGAGUCUCAUCGUAAGCCCAAGGUGAAGAACACGAUAGCUCGUCAUUAUCCACCGAUGGAGUGUAUCUUUGGUCUUCUCUUCUUUCAUUACGCAACAAACCUACUCCACAUGCCUGGCAAUUAGUACGAGAGUGAAUGGUAUACGAUGAAAAUACUUUUAUCGUUCCACCCAGUAUUUGCAUCAUGGUGUCAAGGGCAUUAGCGGACAAAUGCAUCAAAUUCCUUCUCAAGCUGAAUGGGACAUUGAGUGUUUUAGAGUUGAAUCCAGAGUUUUCGUGAUGCUCCCUCCCACCCCUCCCCCCUGGACAGUAGCAGCUAAAUGAAGAAAAGGGACUGGUCGUGAAUGCAAUUUUUUCCCAGCUUUGUAAGUGAAAUAAUCAUCCCUCAGUGAACACUUUUAUUUAUGUCAUUGUGAAAAGAGUAUUUUUGUGGCAAAUGUGUGGCAAUCAGAGCAGAUGCUGUGACUGUACCGUAUUAAUUUACUUCCGAAUAUCAUUAAAUUCCAUAAAUUAUCGAUGAGUCGAGAGAAUUGCAGUCCUGGGCAUUCACAAGAUCGAUUGUAGGUAUCGUAUGCGACAUCAACACUGUCUCCGAGUCUCAAAGCGAAAAGUUGUGGAUAUUAUUUUCAUCUGAGUUGUCAUUGUUCAAACAUGAAUGUGACUGAUCGUAAUUUUAGUGGUAUUAUCGCUGCAGAUAGAAUUGAUAACGGUGAUUGAGAGACUCCCGAGUUCCCGAGUGGUGUGUGAUAGAGUAAAGGAGAGAAAUUGGAGUUAAUUCUCGUUCUAAAUAACGUGUGUGUAACUAGUGUAUCCUUAUCCCUACCUCAGGUACCCAUGUAUGCCAUUUCGUCUCUCGUUCUCUGGCCAAUUUGAAGAAUUAUCGUACAAUGUCAUCUGCUUUUUUAUUUUUCGAGGGCAAUUUCAGCAGCCAAGAGGUAAACGGAAACAAGUCGAUUUGAAACUCCUCGAGCUUUCGAAUAUCUCGGUGUUGGAGGGCGAUCGUGUCAUUUUUCAUAGAAGCUUUUUUGUGGAGGGGAAUGAGUGCUACGAAAAAGAAUUCUGUAAAAAUUUCGCUAUUUUUAGUAGAUUCGGAACAAUUUGGCAGAAUUUGGAGAGUGGUCGCAUUGAUUUGUUAUUCUUUACCUUUUUGCUACUUAAUUGUGAAGGAAUUAAUGAAGAAAAUUGGAAAUUUUCGAGGAUUUGUUGAAUAGCGAACGGCGAGGAAUUUGGCAGAGUAUUGUAAUGAGGGAGGACUAGUCUGACAGAAUAAUUUGGCAUCCAUUGUACAUACAGUCCAAAAAUAUCGGGUUAUCUUCAUGCCGUUAUUUUAAGAUCAAAAUUAGCGUCUCAGCGGUUUGCUGGUAUUUUUCUUUUUUGAAAUAUUUCAAAAGAUUUUGGAUAGAAACACCGAUCCAGGCUACUGCCGGGCAUUUCUCAAUGGAAAAUUUUUGGCGCGUUCCUGUCAUACCUUCAAUCAUGAAAUUACGUAAAGGCUCAUUACUAUUUAUUGUUAUUGUUUAUUUAUUUGCUCACGGGGGAGACAAGCGUUACGCUUGCUCAAGCCGGAAUAAUGGAGUAAUCAAUUCACUGUCACCGACUCUAGAGAUAUUGAAAUGCAAUAUCCUUAUCUCGCGACCUUGACUGUCAAGUCACUGGUAAAAAAUUUUCUCUGAAUCUAAGAGAAUUGCCGUUGUGAUAGUAUACCCUUAAUAAAUUGUACUUGAUUUUUUAAUUGAAAAGUUUGUGAAACCGAUUAAAUUAAAUUUGAACUCAUUUGCAAUUGCUUGAAAGCUAGUUGAGAAAAAUAAUCGAGAAAAUUCGUAAUUAUUUACUAACAGGGUAUUUUCAGAUCGUGCAAUGGCUUCAAUAAAUAACGGUUUGAUUAUGCAAUGUCUCCCCUCGUCGAAUCUCUGAAUAUUUGACGGAAGCAGAGGAUCAACCGUUUAAUGAUAGAUUGUAUAAAGUGUUUUUGUGUCGUUAAAUCCGACGUGGAAAACCCGUUGAUCCUGUGCCUCCGGUCGUUAGAUAAACAGCGUAAACUCGUUUCUUUUAACUUCUCGUUUGAAUGAUGAUUUGGAAAAGAGUGAACCUCGGGGUAGGUGCAAUAUCAUAAUUUUCACCAAUAAAUAGAUUACGAGAGCUCGUUGCUUGUAUUGAUGUAUGUCUUUUACUGGUCGUGAUGGAAAAUCUUUCUAAAACGCUAAAUAAAAAUGUAAAUUGAAAAUAGAUUCUUGGCUUGGUGUAAUCUCGAUGAGAUAAUCAUUGAAGCUAGUGUGAGGAAUGGAAUGUGAAGAUAAUGAGAAAAAUUGUGUAAAUACAACUAUGAUAACUUAAAAAAGCAUAUGACAGAGCGGUUCAGCGUUCUUACGGUAUAUUAAGAGAUAAAAAAAAAUGGUGAAAAUAGAUUUAAUGAUUUACGUUAAUUGUCUGUGCGUUUUUUCGCACUGGGAUAUCCGUUAGUGUCAGUCUCUCCCCUCAUCCUUCAGUAUAAUUCGCAGCUCAUCGCUGAGGUGUAUCUGGUCAUAACUUCUAAGAUCAAAUUAUGGGUGAUUACAUACAAGAACUCAAUUGAAUUUAUUUUUUCUUUCUCGCUAUUGUAGAUGGUUUCUGUGUUUUAUACAUACACAUCCGUAUACAGAAGGAAAUGUUUAAAUUUAGGUUCUUUGUGGGUAUUGAGCAGAGAUAUUAUACAUAUUAAAUAUAAAUUAAAGGAAUAAAUAUUCUCGAUAAAACACGGCUUGUGUUGCCUCGAUCGUAAACUGUUAAAUAAUUUUUCAUGAAUUUUUAACAUUUUUGCACAAAUAUGUCAUUAUUCUCAAAGAGAAAAAAAUCUGUUGAAAUUUCGUCGAUUUUUUCCUGUGAAAUUUCAUUCAGUCCAAUUAACUUGAAAAUUCAUGAAUUUCAUUCAGACAGUCCAUAUGAAUUUCAUUGUUUGGAAAUGGAUUUUGUCGUUGGGUGGGAGUUGUUUCAGGGCAAUGGAGUAUUCAUGUGAGUGAUCAAAGUCUGUGACCUGCUUUGACACGAGAUUAAUAAUUACUUGAGUAUUUGAGGCAAUACAAGUUGUGUGUCAAUGUUGUUUUGUCUAUUUAUAGAAGCGGAAUAAUAUGAGCUGAUUGAAGCGAGAAAUUAGUGAGAAACUUUUGAGAAAAAAAAAAUUAUACAUCCAUUAGAUGUCAACUACGCGUAUUUAUUACUGCGCGGCACCGCCGAGUGCCUCUAUAUUCAUUUUUCCGUAGAUGACUGAAGUUUUCAUAAUUAAGUGUUUCCCGCUCAGUAAUUAGUUUCUUGUUCAUCUUUAUUUCAAUGAGCUUUCCUUUAGUUCCGUCAUUCUUUCGGUGUUGCGAUUAAACUGGUGUAAAUGUAUGGGAGAGAGUGAGGUGACACGAAACGAGAGAAAAACACUAAAUCAAUUACAAGUUGAAUAUUUCAUGAUUUAAUUGCAGUCUCUAUUGGAGUUUUGUUUAAUCCCAUUUGAUGGUUUUUUUUUUCUAGUUUUUUUUUUCGAGGAUACACGUGGAAAUGUCGAAAGUUAUAAUAGAUGGAGUGUUUUUUUCGAUUGAUCGGGACAAUCUGGUGAUUCUCAAGUGUUAAUUCAUGCCAGGAAAAUGUCACGUAAGAUAUCAAUUCUCAAUUUGGCUCUGUGCAGUGUAUAUUUUAUUCAUCAUAUAAUUGCAUCAUAAAAGUUAACUAUUUCCACUUGGCUCUUUGGGAGAUACGAAUGGCAAUAUUUUACACGCCCUGAGAUAUCGAGCCUGCAAUAAUCUCGUUCUAAAAGCGUUUUCCAUCGACCCGGCUAAUUUAAUUAUCCAUGCUGGUAUGUUCUUCCACCCAGUUUGUUCAAUCAAUAGUGCUGAGCGCUUAGGUAUUUCGGUCGGGUAGAUGAGCCUCUCGUAGAUGGAAAAAAAAAUGUUUUCUGUUUUACUAGAACGUCCUUUACGCCCGGUUGAUUGUAAAAUCCAGGGAAGGGUUUAGGAGAGCUAAAUAACAUAUCACGUCACCACGCGACUUGUCAAUUUUUCUCGGAAAUUUCACUAUCCAAUUUUGUUGAGCAAUAUGCACAAAUUUAUCCGACAAAUUUAUGAGACCGUCAUUAGCAGAUGUUCUUUGUCUUAUGAGACAAUCCAAUAAAGUAAUUAUCGUCGUUAUGACAUGCUUACAUCAAUAGAGCUUGCAAAUAACUUUAUAAAUUUUAAAUAUUUAAUAGAAAUCGUCUGUUUGUUUAGAAUUCUUACUGGAAUUUUCAUAAUUUCUUUGCGAAUACUGCCGAUUAUAAUGAAGUCUAUUAAUUGAACUGGAUAUUGUUCUCGGAUGAUCGAAUACUGGUUCUAGAGUUGCCGUGGAAAGUUCAGCCAGAGACUCUGCAAUUAAUCGAUUUCUU